AUGUGUCCUAAUGGAUGGGAGGAGUACCAGGGACGUUGCUACUACUUUGUGAAUGAGGACUUGACCUGGCCUCAGGCUCAGUCAAACUGCGCCUUGCUUGAGUCCAUGUUGGUCUCUGUCCACAGCAUCCAGGAGUAUGGUUUCCUCCAGCAGCUCACUAAUAGUAAUGGAAAUCAGGAAGCUUGGCUUGGUGGUUUCUACCUACAGGAUCAGUGGUUAUGGCUUGAUGGUUCUUGGUUCUACAACAACAGCUGGGGUGUACAGAACAUAGACAGCAGCAACCCUUGCUUAUUGCUCAAUCCCUAUGCGGCAUGGAUCAAUUCCCAGUGCAACAUUGAAGGCUAUCCCUCAAUCUGUGUGAAGAACUCUAAUGUCCAAAAUAGGAUGAUGUGUCCUCAAGGCUGGUCCUUGUUCCAGGGCCGCUGUUACUACUACAACUCUGCCCCUCUGACCUGGCCUGAAGCUGAUACUAACUGUGCUGGUCUCGAGGCCAGCCUGGUCUCCGUCCACAGCCCUGAGGAGUAUUACUUCCUCUAUCAGCACUCUGAAUAUUCUUCGGCCUGGCUGGGUGGAUUCUACCUUGAGAAUGCCACUAAAGACAUGCCUGCACCCUCAAGCUGA